UCUUUUCCCAGGCCCCUCCCCUUUGCCCGGGCAUCCUGUCCUGGGUGGGCGAUGCUGCGGUGCGUGGCGGUGCGGGCCUCCAGCCUGGCCCCCCCGCCCGGGGCCGAGAAGAAGCGCGGCGGCAGCCCCGUGGACCCCGUUGCCAGCCUGGCCUUCCGAGGUAGGGACUGGGCUCCUCCCUUCUUUCCUCCCCUCUCUCCCAUCCCUCCGUCCCACAGCCCCGUGGACCCCGUUGCCAGCCUGGCCUUCCGAGGUAGGGACUGGGCUCCUUCCCUCUCUCCCAUCCCUCCAUCCCACAGCCCCGUGGACCCCGUUGCCAGCCUGGCCUUCCGAGGGGUGAAGAAGAGAACCAAGGUCAUCAAGAACAACGUCAACCCCGUCUGGAACGAGGGCUUUGAGUGGGACCUGAAAGGCAUCCCACUAGACCAGAAUGCCGAGCUCCACGUCGUCGUCAAAGACCAUGAAACUAUGGGUAGAAACAGGUUCCUGGGCGAAGCCCACGUGCCGCUGAGGGAUGUCCUCUCCUCGCCCCACUUGGCCGCCAGCUUCAACGCUCCUCUGCUGGAUGCCAGGAAGCAAACCACCGGGGCCUGCCUGGUGCUGCAGGUCUCCUACCUCCCUCCCCCCGGAGCGGCCCCCCUGUUCCCGCCUCCUGCCCCUCCGGAGCCCAGUCCGGGCGCACCUGCCGAGCUGGAAACCAUGACCGAUACGGCUGGAGAGGAAGAGGCGGAGGACCUUCUUGGGACCGGAGAUGAAGAGGAGCCUCUGGUGGGGCCUCCGUCCCCGGAGCAGCCCUCUGCCCCCCGGAAGCCCCUGCCCCACGCCGUUCACGGGACCCGGAGGAGGAGGAGGAGCGGCCCGAAAAAGCCCCUCUCCAACAAGCCCCAGGAGUUCCAGAUCCGGGUGAGGGUCAUUCAAGGGCGGCAGCUCCCUGGUGUCAACCAACGGCCGGUGGUCAAGGUCACGGCAGCCGGACAGACCAAGCGGACCAGGAUCCGGAAAGGGAACGGACCGGUUUUUGAUGAGACCUUUUUCUUCAACGUCUUUGAUUCCCCGAUGGAGCUCUUCGAUCAGCCCGUAUUCCUCACUGUGGUGGACUCCCGCUCGCUCCGGACGGACUCGGUCAUCGGGGAAUUCCGGCUGGACAUUGGGACCAUUUACGCCGAACCCAAACAUUGUAUCCUCCGAAAAUGGCUGUUGCUUUCGGAUCCGGAGGACUUUUCGGCCGGAGGGAGGGGCUACUUGAAGGUCAGCUUCCACGUCCUUGGCCCCGGGGAUGAGGUGCCUUUGGAGAAGAAAGAAGCCGCUGAAGAGAAGGAAGACAUCGAAGGCAACCUGCUCAGGCCGACCGGAGUGUCGCUCAGGGGGGCCCAUUUCGCCCUGAAGAUUUACCGAGCAGAAGACCUUCCCCAAAUGGACGAUGCCGUGAUGGACAGCGUGAAGCAGAUCUUUGGCUUUGAGAGCAACAAGAAGAACCUGGUGGAUCCUUUCGUGGAAGUUACUUUUGCUGGGAAAACGCUUUGCAGCAAAAUCGUGGAGAAGAAUGCCAACCCCCAAUGGAACCAGAGCAUUACUUUGCCAGCCAUGUUUCCUUCCAUGUGCGAGAAGAUGCGGAUCCGGGUCAUUGACUGGGACCGGGUGACUCACAACGACAUCAUUGGCACCAGCCAUCUCUGCAUGUCCAAGAUCUCCGCUUCCGGAGGGGAACUGGAAGAGGAUUUCUCAGCUCCUGCAAAGCCCUUCCGAGCAACAGAUAUGGACGAUGGCCUGGGUUUCCUGCCCACCUUUGGCCCUUGCUACAUCAACCUGUACGGCAGCCCCAGGGAGUUCACCGGAUUCCCCGAUCCCUUUGAGGAGCUCAACACGGGAAAGGGGGAAGGUGUUGCUUAUCGUGGCCGAUUGCUGGUGGAGCUGGAGACCAAGCUGGUGGACCACGUCGAGCAGAAGCUGGAGGCCCUUCCUGCGGACGACAUCCUGAGGGUUGAGAAGUACUUGCGGAGGAGGAAGUUCUGCCUCUGCGCCACCUUCUACUCGGCCACCAUGUUGCAAGACGUGGACGACGCCAUCCAGUUCGAGGUCAGCAUCGGGAAUUACGGCAACAAGUUCGACAACACCUGCCUGCCCUUGGCCUCCGCCACCCAGUACAGCCGGGCCGUCUUUGAUGGCUGCCAGUACUACUACCUGCCUUGGGGCAACGUGAAGCCCGUGGUCAUCCUCUCCUCGUACUGGGAAGACAUCGGCCACAGGACGGACGUGCAGAACCUCCUCUCUGGAGCCGCGGAUCGGCUGGAAGCCAACCUGGCCCUGGUCCACGUGGCCCUGAAAGCCAAAGGCUCCGCCGGCGACGUGGAGGCCCUGCUUGCGCGGCUGAUGGAUGAGGCCAUUGCGGACUGCAGCCAGCCUUUGGCGGAUCCCACCCAGAAGCCGUCCAGCACCCACUUGGACCACUAUCUCUACCGCUUCCGGGCCAGCAACCUCCUCCAGAUGGUCCAGGCGGCCCUAAGGCUGAAGCACGAAGACGUGGAGCUGCAGGAGGCGGUGGAGCAGGCGGAGGAGUGGCUCUCCCGCCUCCGGGCCCUGGCCGAGGAGCCCCAGAACAGCCUUCCGGACGUGGUCAUCUGGAUGCUGCAAGGGGACCGCCGUGUGGCCUUUGCCCGGGUCCCGGCCCACGAAGUCCUCUUUUCCCGCAACGGACCCAAUUGCUGCGGCAAGAACUGCGGCAAGCUCCAAACCAUAUUCAUGAAACGUCCUCAGGAAGAGACCCUGGGCCCCAAGAUCCGGGCCCAGAUCCGGGUGCAGCUCUGGCUCGGGCUGAGUGUGGACGAGAAGGAGUUCAACAAGGCCGCAGAGGGACGGCUCUCCGUCUUCGCGGAAACGUAUGAAAACCAGACCAAACUGGCCCUGGUUGGCAACUGGGGCACCACCGGCCUGACCUACCCCAAGUAUUCGGACGUCACCGGGAAGAUCAAGUUGCCCAAGGACAGCUUCAAGCCUUCGGCCGGAUGGUCCUGGUCUGGAGACUGGUUCGUCAGCCCCGAAAAGACGUUGCUGCAUGACACGGAUGCCGGCCACAUGAGCUUCGUGGAGGAGGUCUUUGAGAACCAGGCCCGGCUCCCCGGAGGGCAGUGGGUCCACAUGGCGGAGGCCUACACUGAUGUGAACGGGGAGAAGGUUCUGCCCAAGGAGGAGAUCGAGUGUCCCUUGGGCUGGAAGUGGGAGGACUUUGAGUGGGACAUCGACCUCAACCGGGCCGUGGACGAGAGAGGCUGGGAAUACGGCAUCACCAUCCCUCCGGACCACAAGCCCAAGAGCUGGGUCCCCACCGAGAAGAUGUACCACACCAACCGGUGCCGGCGCUGGGUCCGGCUGCGGAGGAGGGACCUAGCCCAGGUGGAGGCCCUCAGGAAGAGCAAACAGGAGGAGCUGGAGGGCGAGGGCUGGGAGUACGCGUCCCUCUUCGGCUGGAAGUUCCACAUGAAAUGCCGCAAGACGGACUCCUUCCGCCGCCGGAGGUGGAGGCGCCGCAUGGAGCCCCUGGAGCAGGCCGGGGCCGCCGCCGCCUUCGCCCUGGAAGGGGCCCUGGGCGGAGUGACGGACGACAAGAGCGACGACGGAAAAUCCGUGUCGACCCUCAACUUUGGGGUGAACCGACCCACCAUCUCCUGCAUCUUUGACUAUGGAAACAGGUACCACUUGCGCUGCUACAUCUACCAAGCCAGGGACCUCAUCGCCAUGGAUCAAGACAGCUUUUCGGACCCAUACGCCGUGGUCUCCUUCCUGCACCAGAGCCAGAAGACGGUGGUGGCGAGGAGCACCUUGAACCCCACCUGGGACCAGACGCUCAUCUUCUACGAGAUCGAGAUCUUCGGGAACCCGCAGAAUAUUGCCAACACCCCUCCGGACAUCGUGGUCGAGAUCUUUGACCAUGACACUUAUGGAGCCGACGAAUUCCUGGGCCGCUGCCUUUGCAAACCCAGUAUGGACCCAAAGCCCAGACUGGCCUGGUUCCCUGUGCGGAGGGGCAGCCAGGCGGCCGGGGAGCUGCUUGCCGCCUUCGAGCUCAUCCAGAGGGAAAAGCCGGCCGUCCACCACAUCCCUGGCUUUGAGAUGGAGGUCUCUGUUUUGGAUGAGUCUGCAGAAUCAGACCUGCCGUACCCUCCGCCGCAGAGAGAGCCCAACAUCUACAUGGUCCCUCAAGGAAUCAAACCCGUUCUUCAGCUUACAGCCAUUGAGAUCUUGGCCUGGGGGCUCCGCAACAUGAAGAGCUUCCAACUGGCCAGCGUGACGUCGCCCAGCCUUCAGGUGGAGUGUGGAGGGCAGGUGGUCCAGUCCUGCGUCAUCAAGAACCUCAAGAAGAACCCCAACUUUGACGUCUCCGUCCUCUUCAUGAAAGUGCGCCUGCCCAGGGAAGACCUCUACAGCCCCCCCAUCGUCCUCAAAGUCAUCGACAACAGGCCCUUCGGCCGGAAGCCUGUGGUGGGUCAGUGCAGCAUCCGCUCCUUGGAAGGCUUCCUCUGCGAUCCCUACAAGGAGGAAGCGGCCUUCACCGAAGCACAAGCAGAUGAUGUUAGCCUAACGCCUAGAGAUGACGUCCUCAUUGAUAUUGAUGACAAGGAGCCCCUCAUUCCGGUCCAGCCUGCCGACGGCUUGACCGGCUCCGCUUUCAUUAACAACCAAACUUCUUGGGCCGAUCUCCAUGAGGAAGAAUGCAUUGACUGGUGGAGCAAGUUCUAUGCUUCCACGGGGCAGCGGGAGAAAUGUGGCUCCUACCUGGAGAAGGGCUUCGACACCCUGAAGGUCUAUGAGACGGAGCUGGAGAACGUGGAAGGCUUUGAGGGCCUCUCCGACUUCUGCCACACCUUCAAGCUCUUCCGGGGCAAGACGCAGGGCGACAGCGAAGACCCCACCGUCGUUGGGGAGUUCAAGGGCUCCUUCCGCAUCUAUGCGCUCCCGGACGACCCCUCGGUGCCGCUCCCUCCGCGCCAGUUCCACCAGCUCCCGGCCAGAGGACCCCAGGAGUGCCUCCUCCGCGUCUACGUCGUGCGCGCCUUUGACCUCCAGCCCAAAGACCCCAACGGAAAGUGCGACCCUUACGUCAAGAUUUCGGUGGGGAAGAAGUCCAUCAACGACCAGGACAACUACAUCCCAUGCACCUUGGAGCCCGUCUUUGGAAAGAUGUUUGAGCUGAGCUGCACCUUGCCCUUGGAGAAGGACCUGAAGGUCACCCUCUACGACUACGACCUGCUCUCCAAGGACGAGAAGAUCGGCGAGACCACCAUCGACCUCGAGAACCGCUUCCUCUCCAGAUUCGGGGCCCGCUGCGGCCUUCCACAGACCUACUGCGUCUCUGGUCCGAACCAGUGGAGAGACCAGCGGCGGCCCACCCAGCUGCUCCAGGCCUUGGCCUUCCAACGCAACUGCAAAUCUCCCGUUUACAAGCAGAAUUGGAUCAGCUUCGGAGAGCAAAUCUACACCCUCUCGGAUUUGGAGGAUGGGAAGCCCCCCAACCCGCACCUGGGAGCCGUGGAGGAGAGGCUGGCUUUGCACGCGUUGCACAAGGAAGGCCUGGUGCCGGAGCACGUGGAGACCAGGCGGCUCUUCAGCCCCCUCCAGCCGGACAUCGAACAGGGCAAAAUCCAGAUGUGGGUGGACCUCUUUCCGAAAUCACUGGGGGUUCCGGGACCCCCUUUCAACGUGACCCCAAGGAAAGCCAAGAGGUUCUACUUGCGUUGCAUCAUCUGGAACGCCAAAGACGUCAUCCUGGACGACCUCAGCAUCACCGGGGAGAAGAUGAGUGACAUCUACGUCAAAGGGUGGAUGGUGGGCUACGAAGAGAACAAGCAGAAGACGGACGUGCAUUACCGGUCAAUGGGGGGCGAAGGGAACUUCAACUGGAGGUUCGUCUUCCCCUUCGACUACCUUCCUGCGGAGCAGCUCUGCUACGUGGCCAAGAAGGAGCAUUUCUGGAGCCUGGACAAGACCGAGAACAAAGUUCCGCCGCAGUUGGUCCUCCAGGUUUGGGACAACGACAAGUUCUCCUUCGACGACUAUUUGGGCUCCUUCCAGCUGGACCUGAACUGCAUGCCGCGUCCGGCCAAGACGGCUGAGAAAUGCGUUCCGGAGCUGCUGGAUGGCCGGGAGAGGAUGGUGUCCCUCUUUGAGCAGAAGACCGUCAAGGGCUGGUGGCCCUGCCUGGCCGAAGAGGGCGGGGAGAAGGUCAUUGCGGGGAAGCUGGAGAUGACGCUGGAGAUCAUCAACGAACAGGAGCAGGAAGAGCGGCCGGCGGGACUGGGCCGGGAUGAGCCCAACAUGAACCCCAAACUGGAAGACCCCAAGCGGCCGGAGACGUCCUUCCUGUGGUUCACGUCUCCCUACAAGACCCUGAAGUACAUCCUCUGGCGGCGCUUCAAGUGGGUCUUCCUCCUCCUGCUCCUCCUCUUCGUCGCCUUGCUCUUCCUGGGCAUCUUCAUCUACGCCUUCCCGAACUAUGCUGCCAUGAAGCUGGUGAAGCCGUUCAGUUGAAGCGGAGAAGAGCGAAGGACCCAAAGGGGAUGACGAGGGGACGGUGCCUUUCCGGAUGCAAAAUGCCACUUCUGCUGCUCUUUGCAGAAACAGCAUUAUCUUCUGCUUCAAAGCCAAAGAUUUUGAAAUUAUCCCUUUCUUCCCCAGCCUGCAAAUGCUGGAGACUGACUCUACCGUACUGGUGCCUCAAAGCUGCCCUUUUCUUUUUCUAUGCAAAGUAGACCCUAGAGAACUAGAAGAGCUGCCGUUCCUACAAUGGAGAUGUGCCAUUAGCUUAGAGUGACGGGGAGAUGCUUGAAACAGCCUUGGAUAGAAAAAUGUGCCCCCGUUUAUUUGCCCCCUGUGGAUUCUGCUUUUUGGGUGCAUCUAUACUGUGGAAUGAACAUAUGAAGGUUGAAUGAAAAGUAAUGCCUCCGCCUUCGUAGCUCCUCAAGAGAUUGCAGUCCUGGUCUGCGGCAGGUCCUGGCUUGUUCAGGAGACUCUCCUCUACAGUUAGUUCCAUUUGGCAGGAAGCCUUAGCAUUGAAAGGUUGUGUUGUUAAAGUGCGAAGUAUGGAACCCUGCGCAGACGGGGAAGCCUUAGCAUUGAAAGGUUGUGUUGUUAAAGUGCGAAGUAUGGAACCCUGCGCAGACGGGGAAGCCUUAGCAUUGAACGGUUGUGUUGUUAAAGUGUGAAGUAUGGAACCCUGCGCAGACGGGGAAGCCUUAGCAUUGAACGGUUGUGUUGUUAAAGUGCAAAGUAUGGAACCCUGCGCAGACGGGGAAGCCUUAGCAUUGAACGGUUGUGUUGUUAAAGUGCAAAGUAUGGAACCCUGCGCAGACGGGGAAGCCUUAGCAUUGAACGGUUGUGUUGUUAAAGUGCAAAGUAUGGAACCCUGCGCAGACGGGGAAGCCUUAGCAUUGAACGGUUGUGUUGUUAAAGUGCAAAGUAUGGAACCCUGCGCAGACGGGGAAGCCUUAGCAUUGAACGGUUGUGUUGUUAAAGUGUGAAGUAUGGAACCCUGCGCAGACGGGGAAGCCUUAGCAUUGAACGGUUGUGUUGUUAAAGUGCAAAGUAUGGAACCCUGCGCAGACGGGGAAACCUUAGCAUUGAAUGGUUGUGUUGUUAAAGUGUGAAGUAUGGAACCCUGCGCAGACGGGGAAGCCUUAGCAUUGAACGGUUGUGUUGUUAAAGUGUGAAGUAUGGAACCCUGCGCAGAUGGUCGGUCAAUGCGACUUAAUGCAAGUUACGAAGGUGGAGGCAUUACUUUUCAUUCAACCCUCAUAUAUUUGCCCCUACUUUAACUGCCACAACUCAAUACUAUGGAGUCCUGGGAGUUGCAGUUUUAUAAGGUCUCCGCCCAAAAUUCAAACCCAGGGAGUUUUAGUUUUGCAAGGUUUUAGCCUCCUCUGCCGAAUAGCAUUGGUGCCUCUCCAAACUGCAACUCCUGGGAUUGUGUAGCAGAGAUCUAUGGCACUUCAAAUGGCAUCAGACUGCAUUGAUGUUUAUACGUAGAUUGCACCCUUGGUGUCCGCACCACAUGGCCUUAUUGAUUCACUCAGAUGCAAAGCAAAAUGGGAAGCAUUGCAUCAUGGGAAAGGGAGGAAACGUUUGCAAUUUCCCCCAUUUGGGAUGCGUAGGUCCCAGAGAUCCCUGCUUGUUGUCAUCAAUUUCCAUUCGCAAAGGCAGCAACAGGUUAAAAGUAGGCAUUUUCUUCCACUGCAGGGAAGCCUUUGAAAAAAAUUGCACUAUUCGCAUUUAAGAACUGACUCUGCGCAAAAUUCACAUCAGGUAUUUUGGCGCUGAAAGUGGCACUUUCUGCACACAAAGUCAUACGACGUCUCUGCAGGGAUACUGUUUUGUGUGCAGAAAAGUGCAAUUCUUUACACCUGAAAAGUGCUGUAGUUUAUAGGUGAAAGUCACACUUUUUAAUCUGCACAGAAAACUGCAUUUUUAUGCAAGAGACUGCAUUUUCUGAAAAGGCAAAACAGGUCGAGCCCCCCUGAUCUAAAAUGCCUAUAAGCCCAAGUAUUUGGGACUUUGCAUUUCUUUUUCAUAUCCUGGAAUCCCUGCAUUUGCCUUUGCAUUCAUAAUUAGAUACUUUGGAAACUCUAAACAAGUCUAAGCACAACAUUCAUUUAGGUUUCAUGGAUGUGCAUAGGCUGAAGGAUCAUAAUAAUACUUUAUUUGUAUUCCGUUCCUCUCUCCGAGGGGACUCAGAGCGGAUUACAGCAUAUAAACAGACACAGGUAAACAUUCAAUGCCUUGUUGCAAUGAAACAUACACAGACAAAGGCAAAGGCUUCUCCUUUCAUUUCUGGUUCUGGCUCAUGUUUUUGAACUGCUAGGUUGGCAGGAGCUAGGGCUAACAGCGGGAGCUCACCUCGUGCCACCCCACAGAUUCGAACUGCCGGCCUUUCAGGUUCAGCAGUUCAGCUGCACAAGCGUUUAACCCAUUGCGCCACCUCACCCCCUAUAUUCUAUAUACAUAAUAUAAUAUAAUAUUCUGUACAUGAAACACAAAAUACAGUAGAAUCUCACUUAUCCAAGCUAAACAGGCCGGCAGAAGCUUGGAUAAGCGAAUAUCUUGGAUAAUAAGGAGGGAUUAAGGAAAAGCCUAUUAAACAUCAAAUUAGGUUAUGAUUUUACAAAUUAAGCACCAAAACAUACAACAAACUGGACAGAAAAAGUAGUUCAAUAUGCAGUAAUGUUAUGUUGUAAUUACUGUAUUUACGAAUUUAGCACCAAAAUAUCACGAUAUAUUGAAAACAUUGACUACAAAAAUGGCUUGGAUAAUCCAGAAGCUUGGAUAAGUGAGACUCUACUGUACAUUGAAAGCAAAGGUGCCAAUCUGGACAGUUUUAGAUCUUGGAGUACAGUAGAGUCUCACUUAUCCAACACUCACUUAUCCAACGUUCUGGAUUAUCCAACGCAUUUUUGUAGUCAAUGUUUUCAAUACAUCAUUAUAUUUUGGUGCUAAAUUCGUAAAUAUAGUAAUUACUACGUAGCAUUACUGCAUAUUGAACUACUUUUUCUGUCAAAUUUGUUGUAUAACAUGAUGUUUUGGUGCUUAAUUUGUAAAAUCAUAACCUAAUUUGAUGUUUAAUAGGCUUUUCCUUAAUCUCUCCUCAUUAUCCAACAUAUUUGCUUAUCCAACAUUCUGCUGGCCCGUUUAUGUUGGAUAACUGAGACUCUACUGUAUUUUGGAUUUUGGAAUUCCAGAAAAGGGAUGCUUAACUUGUAAUUGGAGCACCAUGCAAAAGUUUUAUUUUUUGCUUAGAACAUGCUUUUUUUUGCACAGAAAAAUAUUUUCUAUUUCCCCAAAAAACCCACAUGUGAAUUUUGUAUGGAAUAAAUUUUAAGGAGCUAAAGCGAAGAGCAACUGGAGAGUAACAACAGAAGCCAACGAAAUGUUGCUUGUUUCAGCAAAGUUGGUAUUGGCAGGGAUUUCCACUGUUCUUAAUGGCCUGCUCAGCUUCUUGCAAACUCAGGGCAUCAGAGGUUUCCUUGGUGGAGUCUUUUACACCUUUUUCCUAUUGAUUCCACAUUGCCAAGCAUUAUUGCCUUUUCCGACACGGCCUGUCCUUUUGUGAUGUGCCCAAAGUACGACGGCCUCAGUUUUGCCGCAUUGACUUGCUCUUCUUAUGAAGUUGACUUCAGGUCCAUCUACACCAGUGAUUCCCAAAGUGGACGCUACCGCCCCCUGGUGGGCGCUGCAGCAAUCCAGGGGAGCGGUGAUGGCCACAGGUACAUAUAUCUUUCUGUUUAAUUGCUAUUAAAAUUAAAAAAAAUUAAUUUCCAGGUCGCUGAGUAAUAUUUUUUCUGCAAAGAGGGCGGUAGGCCAAAUAAGUUUGGGAACCACUGAUCUACACUGUGGAAUUAAUGCACUUCGAUCCCUGUUUGACCCUGGGAGUUGCCGUUUUUGCAAGGUCUUUAGCCUCCUUUGCCAAAAGAGAGUCGGAGUCUCAUCAAACUCUCAGUAAUAAAGGGCUUUAGCACAGCUGGCUAAUCACCAGAAGCAAUACAUCUCUACUGCCCAAAAGGUUGACAGUUUGAAGCCUGGGUCGGGGUGAGCACCUGAACUUCAGCCCAGCUCAUUGUCCACCUAAGCAGUUCGAAAACAGCUGUGAGCUGUGAGGAGAGAAAUUAGGCACCGCUUCAGCAGGGAGGCAUUUUACGAUACCAUAAAAAAAGGAAAUACCAGAAAUGCUGGCGAUCAAAGAACAGGGAGGAAAGUUUCUGUUCAAGGGCUCGUCAUCAUAGCGGAUGGAGCGACAGCACCCUCCUGUGGCUAGAAUUGAGCACAACCUCCGGGAUGCCAAAGUUGGAAAAAUGUGACACAAUACCUCUAUCUGUUGUCUGUCUUGCAUGUCCUGUAUGUCUAACAGCAUUGAAUUUCUCCCGUAUAUAUGUUCUGUGAUCCGCCCUGAGUCCCCGGUCGAGGUGAGAAGGGUGGAAUAUAAAUAAUGCUGUAAAUAAAUAAAUAUAAUAAAUAAUAUACUUUAUAUAUAUAUUCUGCUCCAUCUCCCCGAGGAGACUCAGAGCAGAUUACAGGGUACAUAUAUGGCAAACAUUCAAUGCCGUCAUACAAUUGACAACUAAGAUAGACAGUACAUAAACAGAGGCAAGGAUUCCCUGUUCUUCAUCUCUGGUAUCUGGAGGCUGUGCUUGGCUUGGCCAUGGGGAGGUGCUGUUGUUUCAUUUUUACAUGCCGAUGAGCCUGUUGUCCGUGGGCACCUCCCUGAUUGAAUUUCUGGCAUGUUUUCAGGGGCGCCUUUUUACCUCCCCACCAAGGCGGUACCUAUUUCUCUACUCACAUUGCUGUUUUAGAACUGCUAGGUAAGCAGAAGCUAGGGCUGAUGGCAGAAGCUCACCCCAAUCCAUGACUUGCCCAUCUUCCGGUCAGCAAGGUCUUCUGUAGCUGGUGGUUUAACCCAUUGUGCUAGCCGCAACCCUCGUAGCAUUGAGCCAAGGCAGUUAAAGUCAGACCGAAUUGCAAUAAUUCCACAGUGUAGAUGCAUCCCCUUACUGGGCUUUCUCACAAUACAGUAGACUCCCAGUUAACUUAUGAGGUUUGCUAGACACCGAGUUAAUGUAGUUUCUGGUUGCUUGAGAGUUGCUCUUAAAAAUAGGCUUAACCCAUACUAUACAGCCUGUACUAUACCACACCAUUAACUCUAUCUGGACUUGAUAUUAAUAUUGAAAUACAGGAAUUAAGAACAAAUGAAAGCAAACUUAACUUAAUGUUAAGUAAAAAUAGUUGGUGGACUUCAACUCCCACAAUUCCUGACCUCAGGCCCUGAUGAGGUUGGCACCUCACAAACUGUUAUAAAUAACUUUUCAAUAACUGUAAAGCACAGGUUCUUUUUAUUGCAAUUUCAGUGUGAGAGGCAUAUCAGAACUUUUACAGAACAACAUUUAGACAUACUUUAGACAUACAGACAUACAGAUUCUAUGCAACUACAUUGGAUUCACAAACAACCUACAGUUACAUUGGCUAACAAACAGUGUUGCUCUCUGUCACAUCACAAGAUCACUUAUAUAGCAAUAUUUUUCUGAUGUUGUCCCAAAGUUGUAAAUGAAUGACAGACGUCUUCCAUCCUGGAAUAUCCUGGAUGAGAUGUUGAUUCUUGAGUGGUGUUAGCCUUGUGAUGACUUCCUUCUUAACAGUUGUAAACAUUUCCUUAACUUGAUGUAAACAUUUCUCUUAUCACUGUCACAGUUCUUAUCACAGUUUAACAGGCAGGUCAACUAUUUCAGCUCUCAUUAGUGGGUUUUAAUUACAAUUCAGCAAGCAGGUAAUUUGUCAUCACAGACCUUAGUAUUGGAAUGGUGUCUCCAAAAUUAUUAGCUCUCACUCCUUCAUCUUCCAUUCAUGCCCAUAUCAGUGGAUGAUGGUGUGCAGAGUGGAUUCCAAAAUUCAUCAUCCCAGUUUCACCUCCUUCUCCAGACUGUAUUCCCAUGCUGAGAAACAGCACUGGUCAAACAAACACUCCAGCAGGCGAAGUCCAACUGUUGAUUAACUUUAUUUACAUGUCUAUUUACAGUUUGCAUUUCUCAGCUUCAGAGCAUAGCAUUCAUAGUCCAUCUUCAGCUAAUGCUCAAGCCGAACACCACAGAGAUUAGAUAACAACAUUCCUCAGUCCGGAGGAAGUUCCAACCCUCAAAGGCCGGAAAUCAAACCUCAUAGGUCACAGUAAUCACAACAGGCUGUCAGUCAAAACUAGCCUGCUCUUAACUAUUUCAUUACUGAAAAUACACACUCUAGCUCAGGGGUCCCCAAAUUAAGGCCCGGGGGCCGGAUGCGGCCCUCCGAGGUCAUUUAUCCGGCCCCCAUCCUCAGUUUUAUAAUAUAAUAUAUUGUAUAUACAUAUAAUGUUGAUAAUAAUAUUAUAAUGUAAUACAAUACAACACUAAUAAUAAUAAUACCAUAUAAUAAUAUUAAUUAUAUAUUCUAUAUUACAUAUAAUAUUACUAAAAAUAUUACAGUAUAGUGGUAUAGUUCAAUAAAGUAAUAUAUAAUGCUAAUAUUGUGCUAUGCUAAUAAUAUAAUAUAUUGUAUGUACAUAUAAUUUGUAAGCCACUCUGAAUCCCCUUUGGGGUCAGAAGGGCGUGAUACAAAUGUAGUAAAUAAAUGCAGUAAAUAAAUAAAUACAUUUUAGACUUAGGCUCGCCCAAAGUCUGAAAUGACUUGAAGGCACACAACAACAACAACAAUAACAACAACCCUAAUUAACUUGACUAUCUCAUUGGCCAGAAGCAGGAGCACACUUCCCAUUGAAAUCCUGAUCAAUGUAUGUUGGUUAAAAUUAUUUUUAUUUUUAAAGAUUGUAUUGUUCUUUCAUUGUUGUUGCUGUUGUUGUUGUUUUUGUUUUUGCACUACAAAUAAGACAUGUGCAGUGUGCAUCGGAAUUUGUUUGUAUUUUUUUUUUUUCAAAUGAUAAUCCGGCCCCUCAACAGUCUGAAGGAUUGUGGACCGGCCCUCGGCUUAAAAAGUUUGAGGACCCCUGCUCUAGCUCAUCAGCAGUAAACACUUGAUUUGCAUUUCAUACAAAUACAACCAUACUCCAACAACCCACACAUAAUAUAUUCAUAUUUUGUCACAAAACUACAGUUUAGACACACCCAGUUUCUCACCAAACUACAAGUCCCAACAUCCCAUAGCACUGAGCCAUGACAAUUAAAAGUGAGGUUAAACUGUAUGAAUCCAAUUUCUCACCAAACUACAACUUCCAGGAUGCCAUAACAUUGAGCCACGGCUGUUAAAGUCGUGUCAAACUGCAUUCAUUCUGCCUACAGUGCAGACGCACCUGACGCCAACUUGGUGUUAAUUCACAAGAAGAGCAAAUCAAGGCUGGAAGGGCUCGGCGUGGAACGGCAGGACUGGGGUGGCCGGAUCCUGCUGUGCUGCCUCUUUACCUCCUUUGUGCUGCCUUUCCUCCACUGCACUAUCUGUUCCAUCAUCCCCUUAUUAUGGAAAUUUGCCUUAAUUCUCAUCCUCAUCCGCGCACUGACUGUCUCGUCAGGAAUUCAAUCAGCAUUUUUGGGAAUAUUAAAGUGCACUUUCGGGGGCGAAUGGGGGGCGGGGAGGGAACCUCUGUUGCAACUGAGACAAACCAGAAGCCGGAUAUAAAACUGCGGGGCGCUUUGAACGCGGGGCGCCUGGGAGAUUUCCCUCUCACCUGGACAGGCCUUCCAAGCAAUAUCGCCACCGCGCCCCGGUUCCCAAUGAAAUGCUAUUAAACCUCUUGAAGGCUG